UGGGUUUAUGAGGAUGCGCUUCUAUGCCGGAGAGAAAUGCGUUGCGAGCGGCCCUGGGGAGAUGGAAUUCUUCGCCCCGGUAAGCUCUCCACCGAUUUCAAGAGCUCAGGAGCGAGGAGCCAGAGAUUCGUGUGGAUUCAAGCAGAGUUUCCAAGCAAUUGGAAGCGGAUUUUGGUAUCCGAUCGCUUCGGGCACUCGCAUUUCUGUAGGACUACUAGAGGAUCGAUUGCCAGGAGCUCGAGGAAUGCGAGGCGAAUUUUUGUAGCUAGUAGCGGCAGCGGCAGUGGAAACUUUAGCUUCUCCAGCGCGAAGAGAAGGUUGAUUGCCAGGGGCUUGGAAUGGAGGAUACAUGCAAAGCGUCCUAGGAGAGAAAGCUGGUGGAAGAAACUCUUGCUCGACGACUUCGACUGGUGGAGAGAGCACAACGACGAGGCCGCCAUGGACGAGAUUGGACGCAUGAUGCUCGACGACGAGGAGAUUAAAUCCUGGAAGCAGCGAGUUGACGCCAUCAACGAGCUCCGCUGGUACCGAAAGAGGGGACGAGACCCCCGCAGUGAUAGCUGGGAAGAUUGGCUGGAUGGUGAGAGCUGGGAGAAAUCUAGGGACGAAGAAGUUUCUUCUCGGGGAGAAGUUGAUGAGAUCGAGCAGGAGCUACUCCACAAGAAAGAAGAGGAGCUUAAGUACCUUCGGUCGGAGCUGGAUAGCUUUGGAAAGGCUAGGAAAGCAACCGGGCCAUUCUCGGAUUUGUUCCAAGAGCCUCUCGAGUGGCACCAGGAGAACAAGUUCGAGAGGGGAUUUGCGAGGUCCGCGGCAAGAUCAACAGUGAAGUUCGCUGCGUGCCUCAUUUUGAUACCGUGGCUUGCAGACUUCGUUGUGCAUGACUGCCUGCUGGUCCCCUUCUUAAAGAGAUAUGUCGAGCUCGUACCUUUCGCGGCCAGGGCAUUCGACGUCACGGACUCACAAAUGACCAAGAGAGUGGUUCCUCCGCUGGAGGACGAAGAGAAGCGUUUGAUGUUCGAGGUCAGGAUUGGAAUCGCUCCUCCCAUUUCCGAAGAGAAACUAACGCAGCAUCUUCACGACGAAGCGCUAGAAUUGGUCGAGGAAGUCAGAGCAGAGAAUCGAAGCAAUUUUGCAAGCGUCUGGUCCGAUUUGGUGGCAGGAGUAGUGUUGAUGCUCCUGAUCAUACUCAAUCCAGUGCAAGUGGAGCUCAUGAGUUACUCAGGUAUUCGUCUCUUCAGCAAUCUUUCAGACAUUGGGAAGGCAUUCUUUAUCAUUCUUUUCUCGGACAUAUUCCUCGGGUACCAUUCCGAGUCGGGCUGGGUGACCGUGGUGAACCUUUUCCUCGAGCACUACGGCAUGAAGGCCAACGAAGCUUCCAUAUCUUCCUUCGUGGCGAUAGUUCCAGUGACCAUCGAUGCCUGCUUCAAGCUAUGGGUUUUCCGAAAUCUUCCUCGCUUGUCUCCGUCCCUCACGGCCAUAUUCCGCGAGAUGGAACGCCACUAAAGCUGAAAGAUCUCUUCAUUGCCAGAUUGUUUUCGAUCAUCCCUCCAAGGGAUGAUUCGACGAUCAGUGGCGAGCCCUCUUGCUCGGUGGCCCGGCUUGUUGUUGCUGAAGCGCCAGUUGCCUUGUGAAGUGGCUCACCUCCUUAGCCAGUUGCCUCCUGUUGUCUUCCUCCUCUUGCUGGAGCGCCACGGCCACCAUCCGCGUGAUCCGGUCGGCAUGGGGAGGAUCCAACGCCACCUCGUCCUCCAUGUAAUGGCAGUCCGGCCUGAGCGCCCUCUUGUUGUUGGUCUCGGCCCAGUGAUCAUAGUCCGCGAAGUCGAAGCUAUCGUAUUGUCUCACCCGGAUGCUCCUAUUGUUACCAGCCUCGAUCGCCAAGUCGUCGAUCAUGCGCUUGAGCUCAACAUACCGCUCAACGUCCACCGCCACCAUCUCCGAUCUGCUCUGCUCGUGAGAAGUUCUUCUAGUCUCCCUUUUACAAUCACAAACCCUAUACGAAACAAACGGAUAUACUAACAAAUAUUGUUUCACCAUCUUUCAGAUAAA